AUGAUAUCAAUUUAACAUCCAAUAAAAUAAUGGACGGAUUAUUGUUUUUAGUAAAUAUGAUAUAUACUCAGAUAAAGGCUGAUAAUAGAAGUCAUGUAUAUUGUAAAUAUAUAUGAUAGAAUGAAGGCUAAUAUUUAUAAAAUACUUGAAUUUGGGGUCAAUUAAUUGUUACAUUAUUAAUUCCACUGCUUAUUAGCUGUGUUUAACAAAUAUGAAAUGAAGAGAGUUGAGUUAAACUUCAAAUCAAAUUCCCAUAUUUUUUAUGAGGAAAAUUAUUUCCUAAUUAAAGGUUAAGAUAUGAUUAUGAUCCAAAAUUGA